AAUGAUGUAUACAUGGUGUGUGACCUUUGGAAGCGCUAGAUGUUGGGACCGGCCACAAACUGCAGAUCAUUAGCACGUUAUUUCCCCUUGCUGCUUUGCAUGUUGGCUGGACCAAUGCAAAACCAGGUAGACUGUGAUCUUGAUACCAAGCUGUACAACAUGAAUACCACAUUGUUCAGCCAACCAGACUCAUUCGGCGUUCAUUCGUCCAAGCGGCUUAAUAUUAUUUUGUUAAUCAAGUCGGAUGCUGAAUCAUACAAGGCUGGGAUAGGAUUGAAACCGUGGGCACUUUGACCGGCCUGAGCAGCCAAGAUGGAUAAAGUCUCCAUACUUUUUAUUAUCGCUCCACUGCUGUCGCCGUGUUGGUCCGAGAGACAGUUCUUCCCCCAGUCCAGAAAUGCCUCCUGGGCUGAGGCGAGGCGACAUUGCCAGGUGUGCUACAAGGACCUGGUGACGAUGAGCUACGACAACGGCUUCGCUCUGGUAAAGGGGGCCAAGAGCCCGCAGUGGAUCGGUCUCCGCGAGACGUUCAACGAGACGGAUGCGCCGUGGUCUGCCUGGGCCAACGGGGACCCCAUCACCUUCCAGAACUGGUUCCCCGUGAAACCCCCGCCCCCUGUUGUGGAACCCUGCACCACUAUCGCUGCUCCCACCGUUGAUACUCGAAAGACUACUUUAACCACCAAAGGCCUUCCUGAAACCAGUAGAACGGCCUCAGGUGAUUCUCUAAAGACGGCUUUAACCAACACUGCCCUUUCUGAAACCAGUAGCAGUGGCUUCACUGGAACGGCCUCAGGUGAUACUCAAAAGAAAGCUUUAACCAACACUGCCCUCCCUGAAACCAGUAGCAGUGGCUUCACUGGAACGGCCUCAGGUGAUUCUCUACAGACAGCUUUAACCAACACUGCCCUUCCUGAAACCAGUAGCAGUGGCUUCACUGGAACGGCCUCAGGUGAAACCAGUAGCUUUACGCAAACGUAUUACUCUGAUAUGACUUUCCUAACGACGCCGCAAUACGUCAGAGAGGACUGUGUGGCCAUGCACCACUUCGGACCCUGGGUGGAGGAAGACUGCAAUACAGAGUUGCCUUAUAUCUGCUAUGAUGACCGCUACUAUGGCAUCGCCUCGGUUGACCGCGACGCCACAACCGCGACGCUGAGCUGGGAGACCCCGACCCCGUCUGAGAAUAUAAACAGCUACCGCGUGGAAGUGCAGGGGGGUGGUUCCCUGAACGUUAGCGUCGAUAGUUCUCCCUAUCAAAUAUCCAACAUGACCCCAGGCACCAAAUAUGAAGUGCGGGUGUUCGCGGUGAAGUGCGACCGGGAACUGAACUCGCAGAAUAUUUCUUUCAUCACCAAGCCGGAGACGCCGUACAACCUCACCGUCGAGAACAACACGGAGUCCUCCGCGGCCCUGCGCUGGGAACGGCCCGUGGGCAACCUGGAAAAGUACUGCGUGAGGGUCGAGACGAAACCGUGCGAAGAUGCCGACCAGGAAGAAGCGGAGGUCAAGGGUUUGACCCCCGGCAAUAAUUACACGGUGUACGUGCUGAGCGUCACCGGGGACGUGGAGAGCGAGAAAGCCAGUAUCACCGUGCUCACCAGGCCCAGCGUGGUGACUGACCUCAACGUUUCAGACAUCACCAACAGCUCUCUGGUUCUCAGAUGGGUCCACGAGGGCUCCGCCCAAGGAUACCAUGUGGUUGUUAUGGAUAUCCAAACCAAAAAAGAGCUCUGCAACCACAGCGUGAAGCACCCCGAGAAGCAGGUGGAGGUGCACAAACUGCCUCCUGGCACCAACGUGAGGCUGACGGUCCGGACGCUGUAUGGGUCUCUGAAGGGGGCCGCGGCCUCCAUCGACAGCUUCAUCGUUCCAGACCCCGCCAGAAACCUGGUCUUGACCGCCGGUGAGACCACCAUCGAGGCCAGCUGGGAUGCCCCCAACGGCUCCUACAAUUACUUCAUUGUGUCCGUCUGGCUGCACAACUCCACGGUAAACGCCACCCACUACAACACCACCGACCUCCUCCUGACCCUGCCCAUGCUGUACGCCGCCGCCCAGUACGAGGUGACCGUCACCACCCACGCCGGGGACCUCAGUAGCGAUCCGACCGUCCGCAGAAACUACACCCAACCGGUCAUGGCGCAGGACCUCAAAAUCACCUUUCAAGGCAGCAACGGCACCCUGACGUGGACGGCGCCCCAAACCGCCCCAACCACUAGGUUCCGGGUCAAGUACGACGGCAGAUUCUGGAACCACCUCAAAGAUGUCAACCUCACCGGGGGCCAGACCGAGCUCACUGUCGGGCCCCUGCGCCCGGGCACCCGCUACUUGUUCCAGGUGAUCACCGUUUCCGGCCCCAUGGAGAGCGAACCAGCCGACUGCACAGAAUACACACCCGGGAGCGAGAGUGAAGUCACACUGUCCAUGAUGUGUUCUUCACAAGGGCAAGACUGCGAAGAAAGCGACGCCAAGGAUGAGGUACUCAAUAAGUUGAGGGAGGAGUUCGGUGUAGUGUUGGACGGAGUGUCCUGGAAACUCGAGUGGAAGACGUCACCUCUCGACAAAACUGCACAGUGAAAGAAAUCAAGGUUUUAUUUGUUUUAAUUGAUGCGGUUGUGGACUAUUUUACUGCUUUGUUCUCUAAUGUUAAAGUAUUUUCCAUUUAUAUAUAUUAUUGUACACAUUUAACGAAUUGGUCCAGAAAUGCAUAUUUUUAAAUUGUUAUUUGUUUUCUUGCUAAAUCAUUUUGUACGUUUUCACAAAGAAUACAGCUAUAGUUUCAUCGGAUGUCCACCAUGGGACAGUAUUUAUCCUUUGGGCAAAGUAGUGCCGCGCUAACUCUCACCUUCACUCAAAUCAAGGGAAUCAAUCAAAUCGAUGCAAUCGAUUUUUGGUACUUUUAUUUUCCCUGCAUUGGGCGGACCCUCGUAUGUUUACAAACCAAGACAACAACUCGUUUUGAUCCGAGGGUCUGGUUGAUACUAAGCAGAUUAUCAGUAGAUCAGGACACAGAUCAUUCCAGGUUGAUAAACAAGACUUGGGUGCAUUGGACUUUGUAAAGAUCAGCUUUGUAAGUGGCUUACAAUUCAAUAAUUUGACAAUAAAUACAUAUUUUAACAAGAUUUGCUAUUAUGGUCACUCUUGGUCAAUAAUGUCUUACUAAUUUCCCCUGAAUCGAGCUGAACAAGGUAAAAGUCUGAAAGUGUCUGACAAAAAAAUAAAUAAAUAAUUGGCAACGACUUCAUGAUUUCCAAAGUGGAUCUGUUAUGUCAUAAACUGGAUGCAUCAUUUCUUGGUCAGGUUUCGCCUGAGGAAUACAACUGUAGUUCCACCAGAUGUCUGGUGGAGGGCAGCAUUAUCCUUCUGUUCGAGCCCGCUCAACAAUUAAAGUAUGGAAUGCAAACGUUCCAUUACAUUAGGACAGCAACUCAUAAUGUCUAGAUUCUAAAGUUAUAAUUGCUUUUGCCGCUUGCAGCUUUACUCUUUAUACUUCUUAGAUUAUUUGAUUUAACAAUCUGCGUGCCUGCCUGCCUGCUCAGUUAUGACAUAGGCCUACUAACUGCCUGAUAUA